UUUUUUUUUUGGCUCUGCCGCUGUCGCUCGGUGCUAGUGAUUUUUGUUAGUCUUCGCGACGAUCGUCGCCGUUGACUUCAGAAGCAUCUUCAUCGUCGUCAUCGUCGUAUUCUCUGCUGUCGCCCUCCCCCUGGCACGCCCACUCUUCCGCCGUCCUGACCCCACGUGCUCGCUCUGCAUCCCGUCACCAGUUUCACCCGGUGCUCUCUUGUAGCUAACUGCUGCCAUGGCUGGCUCCGUCGACUACUCUCUGUACCUGGUCACCGAUUCGACCGAUGCCAUCCUCAAAGGCCGUGAUUUGCCCACCGUCGUCCGCCAGGCUAUCCAAGGAGGCGUAACAGUCGUCCAGUACCGUGACAAGACCAGCGACACCGGCGACCUGAUCCGCAUGGCCAAGGAGCUCCAUGCGAUCACAAAGGCCGCCAACGUGCCGCUGCUGAUCAACGACCGCGUCGACGUUGCCCUCGCCAUCGGAGCAGAGGGCGUGCACAUUGGUCAGGAUGAUAUGGACAUCGAAACCGCUCGCCGUCUGCUCGGAAGCGACAAGAUCAUCGGCGUGACCGCCUCGUCCGUCGAGGAGACUGUGGCGGCGGCGAAAGCGGGCGCCGACUAUCUCGGUCUGGGCACCGUGUUUGCCACCCCAACGUGAGCCGUUCCAGUUCCAUGCCCACCAGCAACAUCCACCCAGUACAUCUGUGCAGGAAAGGAAGGGGGAAUGUCUGGUGCUUCAGAGAGCCACAAGCGAAACGUCUCUUAGCCUUUGCAAUUGCUAACGCUGCUCCAGCAAGGAGAACACAAAGUCGAUCGUCGGUCCCGCCGGGAUCCGCGACAUGCUCGCUGCGUUGGGCGACGCCUUUCCCAAUCUGAAGACGGUGUGCAUUGGUGGUGUCAACGCAGGAAAUGCACAACGCGUGCUUUACCAGUCGAGCUGUCCGCGGCGGAGCCUCGACGGCAUCGCCGUAGUCAGUGCAAUCGUCGGCGCAGAGGAUCCCGCUGCGGCAGCCCAGCAACUGCGCUCUCUGGUCACCACACAACCUCCAUUCGCGCUGAGAGGUGUGACGGAGCAGUUGUCAUCCCACACCGUAGCAAAGGAAGUCCCCGCUCUCGUACGGCGCGUUGCCGAGGUGACGCCGCUGUGUCACAAUAUGACCAACCUGGUUGUGCAGAACUUCGCAGCCAACGUCGCCCUCUGCGUCGGCGGCAGCCCCAUCAUGUCCAACAACGGCGUCGAAGCUCCAGACCUUGCCCGCCAUGGCGGCUCCCUCGUCAUCAACAUGGGCACCGUCACGCCGGAGAUCUUGGCCAACUACACGCAGGCCCUGCGUGCUUACAACGCCGUGGGCGGCGCCGUGCUUCUCGACCCCGUCGGCGCGGGUGCGUCGUCUGCGCGCAAGGAUGCCGCUCACACGCUCCUGGCCGCCGGCUACUUCGACGUAAUCAAGGGCAACUACAACGAGAUCGCCACGCUGGCCGGAGUGAGCUCUGGGGCCCAGCGCGGCGUCGACGCAAGUGCGGGCCCCGUCUCCAUCUCCGACCGCGCCGCACUCUGCCGCGACCUGGCGCGGCGUGAGCGCAACGUCGUCGUCAUGACCGGCGCCACGGACGUCCUCUCCGACGGCGAACGCACCCUCACGGUGCGAAACGGCCACCACUAUCUCGCCGACAUCACCGGCAGCGGCUGCACGCUCGGCACCACCAUCGCGGCAUUUUUGGCCGUGCGCAGCGACGACAGGCUGCUGGCCGCCCUUGCCGCCCUGCUGGUCUACGAAAUUGCGGCCGAGCGCGCGUCGCGCAGGCCGGACGUCAAGGGCCCAGGCACGUUUGUACCGGCCUUCCUGGACGAGCUGUACGGCAUCCGGAAGGACUCCGAACGCGGCGACGAUAGCUGGGUCGGAGACGCGCUUGUGGAGAAUGUGUAGUUCCAAAGUCUAUCACACACCCAUCAAUCCGUGCGACCUCGCAAGUAGCCAGCAGGCCGACACAGGAACCGCAGUCGCCCUUUUUGCGCCGCUCUUCUUUGCCAUGGUUACACCACGGCGAUCGCGGCUCCGCUUCACCAUCUUGGAGCGAGAAGGGAGAGGGGGUGGAGGGGGUGUCCUCGCGAAAACAAAAUAAUAUUUAAUAAAUAAAAGGGAAACGCCGUCGGCGACAAUCUCCGAAGAUUCAUCAUUGAAAAAAAAAGCUUGUUAUUUUCGAUCUGCAUUCUCUUCAUUUAGCAACUCUGUCCAAACCCUUUUGUACGGUCUG